GCUACGCUUCCAAACUGAUCGUUGGUGUUGAUGGACUUGGCGGGCAAGCUUAGCGGAGGUGUGUUCGUUGUUAGUGUAUUCGUCCUGUGUCGCCGCGCGUUGUGACUUUUGCUAAAUAGUAUUUUCACAUUUGUGGCGGUAAAGUUAAUCGUUUAGUCUAAAUGCGCCGAUGGAGUCUAGUGACGGGGCACAGACAACGACGGAACAGGUGACCGGUAACCCGACGGGGGAUGCCGGCUUGGACACGAAAUGUGUAUUCUGCAAGCAGGACGUUUCUGAAACUAGUGAACCGCAGCUUCUGCCAUGUCUUCACACAGCUUGCAAGCUAUGCAUACCAAGAGACCCUACCGUUCGUUGCUCGGAAUGCCAGCAAGAGAUCAACAGUUCCGACAUCAUCAGCCACUUGUUCCUGGUGGAGCAGUUAGCCAACAACAGCACUGAAGCCAAGAGCGAGAGCAAAGCCUACAAUUGCACCAGUUGCGAAGACAGUGCUUCUGCUACCGGCUUCUGCACCGACUGCCAGGACUGGCUCUGCGACGCGUGCAUCCAGGCGCAUCAGCGGGUACGAGUCACCAAAGAUCAUGUCAUCCGCACGAAGGACGAGCUCGAAGGCGAGAAGCCCACGACGCUGGGACAGAAGUACAUGUAUUGCGAGACACAUAAGCAGGAACAACUGAAGUUGUACUGCGAGAGUUGCGACAAGCUGACUUGCCGUGACUGCCAGCUCCAAGAGCACAAGGACCACAAGUACCAGUUCCUAUCGUCUGCGUGCGAGCAGCACAAGAUUUAUCUCAAUACCUUGCUGGCCAAGAUCAGAGAAAAGCAGUCGUACAUUGAAGGUGCAAGGAAUCUGGUCACCAAACGGCACCAUGAAAUCACGCAACACGAGCAGAAGGUCACAAGUGACAUCAAAAUGUUUGCAGUCAGAUUCAUUACGGAAAUCAACAAGCGGGGAAAGCUCCUGCUGCAAGAACUCAAUGACAUCUGCAACAAGAAGAAGAUGCAGCUGUCUUCUAAAAACGAAGAGCUAAUGUCUCUCUCAUUAAAGCUAGGCCAGUGCCACAAGUUUGCCGAAGCAGCCAUCAACCGCGGAAGUGAUGUGGCGUUGGUGUUUAGCAAAAAGGCGAUAUGUAAUCAGGCUGCCCAUGUCAUCCGACAGAUGCGGACGGUCCUCAAGACACGAUGCGAGAUUCCUAACCCACAACACGUGGUGGACAUCCGGUUCCUGUACGAAGCCGACUUCCUCACGAACCACAUAGCCAACCUGGGUUGCAUCACUGUGGACCAGCAACCAGUCGUCGGCACACCACCGUGGGCCAAGACGUCCCCGCUUGGCCCUGGUCACCCUGCUCCUCCUAACCAGCAUGCCCCUCCCAGUCAGCCAAUACCCAACUCUAGGUCCAUGCCGGACUCUGUGCCGUCUUCCACAUCGGGCCAGCAGUCCGCGCCGAGGUACCACCCCCAAGCUGAGAGCUUCCACCCGUUGUUGCACCCUUCUGCUACUUCUAUGGGACACUAUCACUUUGCGCAACGACAGGGACCCAUCCCGCCACCCCCAUUACACGCGAUGGGACAGCAGCGGCCCAACUACGGUGCACCUCCGCCCUAUAGUAAUUAUGGACCCCCCCAGCUGCGCCACUUGCUCAACCAGGCCCCAAUUAACCAAAGAGGUGGUGUUCAGCAGGCCGGAAUGUCUCCCCUGAGCCACCUAGCUCGCAUGCCGGGACCCGGGAUGAGUCCGCAGCAGCAGUCUAUGCAGUUCUCAAGCCAGCAAAAACAAGUAGCGCAGCACAUGAUGCAAAGAGGAGUUCCGAACUCAAGGCAGCAGGUCUUGUCUGCACAGCAAACAAUGGCAGCUCAGAUGCAUAUGAAGCAACAACAGCUACAGCAGCAGCAACACCAUCAACAGCAGCAACAGCAACAGCAUCAGCAGCAACAGCAACAACAGCAACAACAUCAGCAGCAACAGCAGCAACAACAGCAACAGCAGCAGCAGCAGCAACAUCAACAGCACUUACAGCAAAUUAAUUCGACGAGCAUGCCAAUUUCAAUUAACUCAUCGAUAACCAUAUCUCCUAUAAGUGCUGAUAAACCUAGGCAAUCUUCAAAUGGCAGCCUGCCACGGCCCCCACCACUUUCAGCUGGCACCAGUAUGCAAAUCAUUCCCCAGAGUGUAGGCAACAGCAACUCACAAGCCUCAAAAGCACAAGUCAUAGUGCUGGAUUCUGCAAGUGCUCGUGCAGCAGCAGCUCUACAGCAGCAACGAAGGGCAGCGUCGGGGAGUCCGCGGGAUGGCACGCCGCCUUCUGCCACGAGGUUGCCCGCCCACAUGAUUGGAAGCAGCAGCUCUGGCUCUCCACGGCUGUCAGAUGCAACAGCUACUUUAGAAAGGAACAGCUCGAUCACAAUAACCCCGGUGGCACCUGCACAACCGUCCUCGUCCUCGUCAACGGUGGCGUCAUCGUCGUCAUCACCAUCACUGUCCGUGGUGAAAAUUAAGGAAGAGCCAAAAUCCCCCGGGGAGUCCGAGUUUCCGUCAUGCAGCGGAGAUGUGCGCACAAGCGGAAACAGUCGGGCCAGCCCCCCUGAGUCAGCCGCUGGUGCAGCCUCUCGGUCGCUGAACGACUUUGCGAGUCGGUCAAUUGGCAACUUGCUGCAGUCUUCUACAUCGAAAGAACAAGAUAAGGGAGCACAGCAGCAGGGUGGUCACCCCCAGGCUGACAGCAGCUGCAGCCCCAGGCUGUCCACGGCUGAGAUGGCCCCCAGCGGUCCUUCUCGCACGGCAACAUCUGGUAGCAACGGUGCUUCCAGUGCCCAAGUCCAGGACUGUUUUCAGGACCUCUCAACCCUGGAAGAGCUGCUCAGGAUCGGAGACAAGGGUUUUCCCCUCAUGCCACCACGUUCUGGGAAAGGGAGCUCUCCCCCUUCCUCGUCGCGUGAAUCGAAAACCACCCCUUCCCCACCGACCGGCGUGUCUUCUGCUUCCGGGCCAAGUAUGACAAAUGGCAGCGGGCUGGACGAGAACAUCUCCGGUCCCAAGAUUGUCGAGGCUCACAGCCUGCAGAACACUGACCCCAACGAAGACUGGUGCUCGGUGUGCCACGACGGCGGGGAGCUGCUGUGCUGCGGGUCGUGUCCUCGAGUUUAUCAUUUGCAGUGUCACGUGCCUUCCCUCAACGCAACGCCCAGCGAAGACUGGACUUGCUUGCUGUGUCUGGAUGUCCUGAAGUGCAAUAUUCCGCGGGAGUCGGCGGGUUCCAAGCGAAAGACUCCCGUCGGGCUCAGCGGAAGAGAGCUACUAACAUGCGAGAGGAUCUUAUUGGAACUGUUCUGCCACCCAUUGAGCGUACCGUUCCACAUCCCUGUUAGUCGAACGGUGAGUAAGGAUAGCACAUCAGCACGUCAUGUGCCAAAUUACUACAAAGUCAUCACGAGGCCCAUGGAUCUGACGACGAUAAAACAGAAGCUCUCUCCGUCGCACUUCAACCACUACGAAGAUGUGCAAGAAUACCUGGCCGACAUGAAGCUCAUCUUCAAGAAUUGCUACACAUUUAAUCAUAAGGACUCUCAGGUAUGCCAGCAGGCAAGGACACUCGAGAAGGCAUUCGACGCUCUUGUGCAGCAGUUUCUGCCGGAACAUUUCGCCGAUCUUAAGGAUGCACAGCCAGAUCCUAAUGCCCACUAUGACUCUGACCCAGACAAGGCAGCCGCCAACAAGAAGCCAAAGACUGCAAGUCCUCCUCCCGUAUCCAACUCUCCAGAUGAUCCUGUCAUUCUAUCCUGAUCUUCCACCAUGGAAUUUGUUCAGCGACCGAGCGGCAUCAUCAACAGUGUGGUGCACAGACUAAUCGAGACAGGAGCUUAUUUAUUUCCCUAUCACGCGGAGCAUUACCCAAAUGGCAUCAUCAUUAUGUGCGUCUUCCCAUGUGUUGUGUGUGUGUGUGUGUGUUCCAUCAUUUUUGGUUGUGUCAUAUCAUCUAGAGGGCUCCAGAAUAAAAGCUUUUUUUUUGUC